CGCUGUGGUCGCCUCGUUUCUUUUGGCUCUCUCUGUGUCCAAUCGACUGUCAGAAAAGCUUAAAAAGCUCAUUGCUUGACCUGAACGCUGGGCACCGCCUUGGAACAACGCCCCUGCGCUGCUGGAGCCCUCUUGCACAACGCACACAACAUGCCGACUGCUCGGUCAAAAGCACUCGCGGCGCGCGCGGGCCGCUCUUUCAUCGACCCCGUCAAGCAGACCCUGCCGAGCGAGCGCGCGAAGGCGCAGGAGGAAGGACUCGUCACUGUAUGGAGCGAAGACUCCUCGUCUGGAUGGCGAGUAAAUGGUCAGCCGCGCCCGCUGGUGGUGCUCGAUAAAAACGGACAAUGGCGACCCGCACGGUCACUCUACGAAUACGUGCAGCAGAACGUGGUCGAGAUAUGCGCCGCCAAGAUUCACCACGACGAACACGGCGAUCCCCCCUCGUACGAGAACAAUUACAGUGACGGCUGGGAGGACGCGACGGAAGUCUACGCGAAGCCGGUCGGGCUCAAGACCUCAGGAGGAAUCGACACAUUUCUCUCGGACGUCAUGCCUUCGAUUGCUGGUUUCAUCGUCAAUCAGCGCCGGAACGAGGAAAGCGCCAUGCGGUUUUUGCGCGUGAUAGCGCGACGCGUCAACGUGCCUGAUGACUGCGUGAAACACAUAGAGGCCUUCGCCGGCCUGCUGCCGGCGCGAGACUCGGUUCCGUGCCGGCGCGAGCAGCUACCGGCCUUCAUGCAGCGGCUUUACGAGGUGCACAAGGACGAAAUCUGCCUGAAUAACUCACACUUCGACCACGUCUCGUUGAAGUCGGGCCACGCGGGCAGCGCGGAGGUGUGGAAGGGAUCCUUUGGCGACGAGUACUCGUCUGAUGACUGGACUUUACUCCCUCGGAAGCUGGUGCCGCAAUUUCACGAGGUACCGACAUCUUUUGGCGAGAAUCGGGGCGGCGAGACUUGGUGGCCGGAGGACGUCGUCGACGAGUUAGCUCCGGAGGCCCCUGGCCACAAGACGUUCCUUUACGGCGAGUAUAGCCAGGACGGUCGAUAUUACGAAAAUUGCUACACCAAAACGAUCCCGUGGUUUGAAGAGCGGCCGUGGGACUUCUACCUCCAGCCCGUCAACGCGUGGCCGGCGGGGACGAGCAUCGACGACGCGGCGAGGCCGCACCCCAGGGACUCGAAGUCGGACUCCGACGCCAACUCGUCGGACUCGGACUCGGAGUCGGAGUCGGACUUGUCGGACCCGUACGCGUCGGGCUCGGAGUACCGGGGCUUGGACCUGGACUCGGAGUCUGGGCAAGCUCGGGCGCAAGAAAUAUCUCGAGUUUACAGGGAAAGGAAGUGGAAGAGGGAAAAGGCCCUGACGCGGAAAAAGGAGCGCGCCAUUAAGCGCAGCCGCAAGAACGCGGAGCUCAUCCUCCACUAUGGCUAUGGAGUCCGCUGGUCCUAAUCUAGCGCCUGUCCCCCUCUCAAGCAUAAGUCAUCACAAAAUACUA